CCUGAUCUAACAAAUAUGAGAACUACUACUUCAUUUGGAUCCUUCUUACUAUUAUUCGUUUCAAUAUUAUUUUCUUUCAUUAUCUCCUCGAAUGCGUUUGCAACAAUGCAUGGCGAUUUCCUUACAUGCAUUUGCUUUCAUUCUAAAACUACUUCCAUACCGAUCUACACCCUGGAAAAUGCUAACUAUACAUCUAUUCUGCAAUCCACUAUUUUGGUGCUAGGAUUAAAUUCAUCAACCACUCCCAAACCCUUCCUUAUAUUAACACCUUUGGAAGAAUCGCAUGUUCAAACCGCUGUUAUUUGUUCGAGAAAGCAUGGGAUUCAGAUAAAAGUCCGAAGUGGAGGCCAUGACUUUGAAGGACUUUCAUAUGUAUCAGAUAUUCCAUUCAUUAUUGUUGAUUUGUCCAAUCUCCGAGAAGUCAACGUAGAUGCAGAGAAUAAACUAGCAUGGGUUCAGUCCGGUGCAACUACAGGUGAACUCUAUUACAAAAUUGCAGAAAAAAGCAAUAUUCUCGGCUUUCCUGCGGCAACUUGCACAACUGUAGGUAUUGGUGGGUACAUUAGCGGAGGUGGGUACGGGGCCAUGUUCAGGAAAUAUGGCACAGCAGGUGAUAAUGUCAUUGAUGCUCGAAUAGUGGAUGUUCAUGGUAGAGUACUUAAUAGAAAAUCCAUGGGAGAAGGCUUGUUUUGGGCCAUUAGAGGAGGUGGUGGAGGUAGCUUUGGGAUCGUCCUUUCAUGGAAGAUCAGAUUAGUACCCGUACCACCUACUGUAACGGUCUUUAGAGUGGACAGAUUCUUAGCAGAAGGUGCAACUUUGCUUGUUCAUAAGUGGCAAGAUAUUGCACACAGACUUCCUAAAGAGCUUAUCCUAUUUCUCUCGUUAGGCGUAGGGAAUGCUACUCCAAAAGAUGAAAAAACUGUUAGAGCAACAUUCACGUCCCUAUUUCUUGGGGAUGCUAAAAAGCUUAAAAUUGUGAUGAAGGAGACAUUUCCAGAAUUGGGUUUGAAGAACAAUGAUUUUAUUGAAAUGCGUUGGAUUCAGUCUGUACUUUUCUUAGAUAACCUACCAACUAACAGUUCCAUUGAUAUUUUAAGGGGUAGGUCAAUCGUGAAGUCAUACUUUAAGGGAAAAUCUGAUUAUAUAAGACAACCCAUUUCACAAAUCGGUUUAGAAAUGGUAUGGGAAAGAUUGUUAAACGAUGAGCUAGCUGGUAUGAAUUUAACGCCUUAUGGUGGAAGGAUGAACGAAAUUGCAGAAUCUGAAACUCCUUUCCCACAUAGAAAUGGAACCUUAUUUAAGAUUCUUUACGUUGCUGCUUGGAAUGAGGUUGCCUCAUCUGAAAAGUAUAUAAAUCGUUUGAGAAAAAUGUAUGAGUUCAUGACUCCUUAUGUUUCCAAGUCUCCAAGAGAAGCAUAUGUGAAUUAUAGAGAUCUUGAUUUGGGUCCAACGAGCAAAAAUGGCACUGCAAGUUACUCACAAGCUAAAGUUUGGGGAACCAAGUACUUCAAGGGUAACUUCGACAGAUUGGUAUAUGUGAAAACCGAAGUUGAUCCAGAAAAUUUCUUUAGAAGCGAACAAAGUAUCCCAAGCAUUGCAUUUUAGCGAUUUAUUUCAUUGCAUAUAUUGUAUUUGUGUGUGCGAAUAGUUAUCUCAAUUAUGUUUGAGUGAAUAAGACUAGUCUAAGAAAUACAUAAGAAUAAUUGCCUACAUAAAAGUUCAGAUUUUAGAUUGAAAAAUAUGAGAUUAUAUUUCUUUCUUCCUGUAGUAAUAUCAA